GAGAUUAUCCAGCGAUCUACUUAUUUGAUCAGUGAUGUGGGAGCUGCUCAGAACGUGUUUCCUCAUUGGUUAAAAAAAAAAACAGUUACAUGUCAUUGUUUUUCAUUAUUUCCCAUUGUUUCACGGUUAGGGUAUCGAAUCAAUUGGCUUUUAGGGUUAGGAGAGCUGCUCCAUGACCCUUUUUGAUAGGUGCCUUGUAAACUUAGUGAUAUUAGGUUCCCCUCAUAAGGUGGACCAUUUGUUACAAGGAAGAAAAGAAGGAAGGAGUCAUGGAUGAGAGGACAACAGACAUGCCCUCUUUAUAAUGAAUGGAUGUCAAAAUUAUUCCGCCUGUGGACGGAGCCGAUUAUACGGAGCAUCAACUCCCAAAUAAGUCUUUGGAAUGUUUUGACUUUCUGAUUAAACUAAACUGCUAAGCGGAAGAAAUUUUUAAGGUAUUCCGCGGCCCUUAUUGCACGGGAAAUUGAAAUGUUUUCAAAAGCCGCUGACAGCAGUGCGUCUUUAAUGCGUUCACUUCCGUUAGCAGUACACAUUGUCAUUCUCCUCUAGAAGACAGGAGAAACAUCACGUUACUGCCAUGGAAGCAAAAUUUCUGAAUCUCAACAAUUUUUCAUGAUACAGCCUGUCACGGCCAUUUUCAUUUUCGAACGACUGACGAAAAGCCGAUGGGUUGCCGUUCUGUUCCUGAUCAUGAGUGCAACCAUGCACCCAAAAGUCACAGAUUUCAUUUUUUUUUCCCCGAGACUCAGGAACUUUUAAAAGCAGGUUGUGAAGGUUUUAUUAUCAACAUGUCGUUACCGUGGGUUUUACUUUUGUAAAGUAACCCUUCAGGUACGCAUGUGCUUCUAGAUACGUGUUUAGAUCCUGUACGUGCUUUUAGAUAGCUACAUCCCUGUAACUAUCAUUUAUUUAUUGCCAUUCAAGAAUCAUCAAUAUUAACAAUCCUUUAAACAGAUGAUUGCCAAUAACUUUAACCUAAAUUUAGCCCAUUUAAUGAAAUUCUUUAUACGUCAACAUUUUUUUCGAUUUGCAAUUACCUACACUUUGGGAAGUUAGAUUCUAUGAGUCACACAAUAAUAGACGACAGGGUGAAAAGAUACCUCUCGUCACUGAGAAAUACGAAGAAAAAAAAUUCCAAUAAUAGUUCUGAACCUAAAACUGUCAUUAUUCAAUAACUUUGUAGUUAGUUGGAAUUAAUUUUGUCAAGUACAAGCCUUUUUUUUUUCUCAUUUACUUAGAGUAUAGCAGUUUGUCAAAGACGUGCAGCACAUGUCUGCCAAUGCAAUAAAAAGAUCGAAUUUCAGUCUGUUUUGACAGCAAGGAAGCUAACAAACGCAUUUAGACCUAGACAACUGAAACUUUCUUAAAACAAAGGUAAAACCGUUGAAGAAGGCCGCGGCACUCGGCUGCGAUUCACUCUAACAAAGAUGCCAGGCUACGCAGUACUUUUCAGAUACUGUAUCUUCGUAAUGGGGAUCUUUGCAACAUUUCCAAAUUCUUCUACAGGUGACACUCUAACCUGUGUUCAUGUAGUCUAUAUUUUUAAUAGUCUAGGUCCUUUGGAAAAUAUUUUCAGAACAUUCCUCAAGCUUUCAUUUUUUUUUUGUACUUUUUUCUUACAGCUUUCAGCCAAGGAUCCAUUGGCAACUUUUUCUAUGUCAACUUUAUGAUAAGUGAAUUUUCGUACCUGAAUAUCACAAGAAUUGGAUGGAAUCUUACUCAACACGAAAACGAUUGUGGCUACGCCUGUCUAGAAAUUCCUACAUGUUUUUCCUAUAAUGUGGCUGCCUUUCCCGAUGUCAACGGCAAACUUCUGUGUGAACUCCUGCCAUCGGACAAGUUUAACAACUGGCACAAGUUCAACGCCAGCAAAGCGUUUCAUCACUUUUAUAUUCCGGUAAGACAACUUAUUUUUCACAACGUUUUCAUGAAGGAAAAUAACAACCUUCUAAUUAUUCUCCCUAGUUAUGGGUUUCGGAAGUUAGCUUUUUGUAAAUGGGACACUGCACGUAUCUCCUAAUUUGCUUGGAGAAUCUCUGAUUGUAUUUUAUAAAUGCAAAGGAAAACUAGUUGGCUGGUUAGUUUGCGUUCAAGCCAUGAAAUAAAGAAGGAAAGACGGAAAAAGGAACACGAAGGUUAUUUUUCAUUAGUAAUACACCUGCCGACUUAUAAUUAAAAGUAUCCAUGACAUACGUGGUGAAAUUAAUCGUACCGGUUAUAUUUCUCUUCCAAUGUCCUAAUUAAGUUUGCGAGGCAGGCUGAAACUGGGCUCUCAACCAAAAUAUUUGCCAACAAAAAGCGUCAAAUGGUCGUUGGCAUUAUACGAGGAUACUUCUCGCACAUAUUAGGCUUCAAAUGAAAAUUACACAAACUUCGAUAUACCUUCAUUGUGAUAGCCUUCCACCAUUAGCUUUAUACACCUGUUUAAAAUAGUAUAUCUCAAUCUGACGAAUAGACUGUUUCUCAAUUUUUAAUUCGCGAUAAUUGUCCAACUUGUUUUCCUGAUCUUUGGAUGGAAGUGUCAUCAGCACACUGGGCCUUUCAGUUGCAUGACCAAAAAUUUAGUUCAUAAAACAGCAUUAACUUCUGUUCCUAAAGACAACUAAGCAGACCCAUCUUACCCUUUUACAAAAAAAACUUCUUUGUUAAAAUGUAUUUUCAAAAACUGAAUCAUUGGAUAAUAUAACUCUAGCGCUCUUAUUGGCUUAGCCAUCAUGAUAUAUGAGACAUGAUACCAUGCUCUCCAAAUAUGGUAACUGUAAGAGUCUGCUCAGAAUUAAAAACUAGCUGAAAAUCAUGUGUUUUUACAAAUAAAGUCAGGAAGAAUUCUCGAUAUUUUGUGGGCUUUUUUAAUAAAACAAUUAUUCCACUCGCGCUUGUUGGAAAUAAGAUGAUUAUAGCCAAAUCGGCCCUGCCCUCCUCGUUAGCUAUCUACCAUCUCAUAUCCAACACGCACUCGUGGAAUAAUUGUUAUUUGGAUAUAUUGUUUGCUGUAAGUCUUUUGAAAUAAUUAAAAUAACGUCAACGGCAACGGAAACGACAGGAAUGCCAAAUUCGGUUAUUAUUGUUGGGGAAUAUAAGAAACAAACCCUAAAAAGGAAGGAGGAAGAUUCAAAUAAACUUGUAUUUUAUAACUUUGAGGCCACAAUAAAAAUAAGUGUUAAAGUUUUUUAAUCUCUUCUAAUAAUGAAAUAGAAAUGCCUCAUUUUAUUUUACUUUACUUUAUUAAGUUUUCUGAGACUAGGAAACUUUAUCCCCAACCUAUCUGUUGAGUUAUUUUUGAGGUUGCUGGCUCAUGAAUUUUGUGUGUUUGUGUGCUCAAAGUAUUUGGAUAUACAAUGAAGCGGCUAUCGAGUUGGCGGCGGCUGUUUUUAUUAAACGAUUACAACAGUAUGCAUGCCAUAAGUUGCGUGACGAAAAUAAACUUCUGGCCAAGGAAACGUUAUUCAUAGUUCGUACAAUCUUGAAAAGGUCUUGAAUCUUGCGUCCACCAGGAUGAUAAAAGUGAAGAAAGGUUGCCGUUACUAGAGGUUCGAUUGUAUUCGAGAGGGCGUAAUUACCGGUUUUUAUGUUCAAGAGUCAUUACCCGUUUGGACGAACUUGGGAAAACAUUUUUAGUUCGUUUGGUUAUGCGUCUAUAGUAUAACGACCGGCAGAAGUUGAAGCAUGCGUCUACACGAACUAUUCUUUAUUGGAUCUUAAACGAAGCACUACGAAAGGUCGUUUUCUGAACGCAUAAUGCGUGUGGGUGUUAAAGUAUUAGCAACAAAUGAAGCACGUGUUAAAACAAGUAAAACCAAACCUAUAGUGCCCAUUCUUUUAUAUUUUGCCGCGCGCAAGAUCUCGCAUUGAUCGUCUCUCGUAGUUCUGAACACUAACCAGACACUUAAGAUAAAAGACGAUUUAUCCGUACGGGACGGAUAAUGUUUUCUAACCUGGUCGCAGGUUAAUUUUGAUCAAGGCUAAAUUUAAUUUUGCGAAGAUCUUACUUUCAGUAAUACUCUUUGAGUCGUUACGUCUGUGGAAGGUCAGAAUCUGUUUUCUGUCUGCCCUGGGCUUCACGUGUAUUUUUUCCAUGCCAAGUUUUCCUAGCUUAUGGAAGGUUAUCUUCAGAAUAGCUGUCUCAUUUCAUUUAACUAGUAUGAACAAGGAUUCAGGUCUGGGUCAAAUUCCCACAACUUUCUUUAUUGACUAAAUACUGAUUUGAAAGUGUUUGCCGUCUAUUUUGUAACAUCACCCUGCCCUGGUAAUGCCAUGUGCGUUCUUUAUUCUGGAUUUGAUUUUUCCCGCAAAUGUUCGCAUAGACAGGGUCAUCACGAAUUAGCUUGUGGACUUCCUUUAGUGGACUGCGUAUACUUUGAGAGUAAUUUAUCCUUGCAAAAAAAUUGUCACUCAUCUCUGCCGUAUGAUUCGCGAACGCAGGUUGGCUAGAGGAUGGCUGCACCAGAUAUAAACGCUUGGGAAACCAACUCAUAUUUUAUCAUUCACCCUUAGAUGUUAUCUCGAGUGUGGUAACACGGUUUCUUUCGCCUGCGAUUGGGAAUAACAGCAACUGGGCGCUGUGUUGGCAGGCUUCCACUCAUGGCUGGGCUGCCAGUACCUUUCACAACAAAUGCGAUGGGAAACGUCACAUGAUUACAAUCAUCAAAAAAGACCAGUACGUGUUCGGAGGAUACACGAAUAUUCCUUGGAGUAAGUAA